AUGGCAACAAUUACUUCGAAAACUAAACGAUCUGAACGCUAUAGUACUGCAUCGGUACUAAAUACGAGUAUGUCUGAUAGAAAUGACGUAGGAGUUUUAAUUUGGCGAUAUCAAUGCUUACAACCAAGAUUUAUUUCCGAAGGUUAUGAAGAGCUAUAUCAGUCUUACUGCCUUCAACAAAAGCUAUAUUCUGCUCGAGCUCUAAUUUUUGUCACAAUGCUAUCUGAUUGUAUUUCGGCCGGUUUAUAUGUCAGCAGAGACAAGAAUAUGCGACUGUUUUCAGCUUACAAGAAAUUUACAACGCCUAAUAUUGCGCUGAUUAUAGUAUGGGCAUUAAGAUUGCUUGCUUCGUUUAUUACCGCUGCCUUUAUUACAAUAAAACGGUUCCAUAUUAAACGAAUUGCACCUUGGGCAAUUACGCUGGGUUUCCUAAUAAUAUUAGAUCCUUACCUAUAUAUGUUAUUGUCACGUUUUGCUUCACCAAGUGAACAAGUAAUAUCAGUCAUUUAUGCUAUCUUUGUGACUUAUACGAUGCUACCGUUAGAUUUAUUAACCGCUAUCAUUGCUGGAACCAUUAUGACCGCUGCCCAUCUACUAAUAGCAGGGUUUAAAGCCAAUAACCCUGUUUACGUCUCACAGCUUGGAAUUAACUUUCUUGCCUUUUUAUGCUCCAAUCUCUUUGGAAUCUAUCACAAAAUUCUGUUCGAUAUAACUCAACGUAAAAUGUUUAUAGUCACAUACGACUGCAUAAAAACUACUGUUGAGUUAGAUAAAGAAAGAAAAAAGCAGGAAAGAUUACUAAAAUCAAUUUUACCUAAAGAUAUCGCUGAUGAAAUCAUUAAGGAUAAACUAUCUAGAUUGAUGACAACAAUAAAUCAAAAAAAUGGGCAUUUAACUCAAAUUCCACAGCAAUUUCAUAAAAUUUAUGUAACUAGGCACGAAAAUGUUAGCAUUUUAUUUGCCGAUAUCGUUGGCUUUACCAAACUAUCAUCUCAAUGUACAGCAAGAGAAAUAGUCCAAAUAUUAAAUGAACUAUUUGGAAAAUUUGAUCAGCUUGCAAAGAAAAAUCAUUGCAUGAGAAUACGAAUUCUUGGCGAUUGCUAUUACUGUGUAUCAGGGUUAUUUGUAAAUGACGACUGCUUAGUUAAUCACGCCAAAUGUAGUGUUGAAAUGGCUCUUGCGAUGAUUAAAGCGAUUUUAGAGCUCGGCGAAGCAACAAAUAGUAAUAUCAAUAUGAGAGUUGGAAUUCACACUGGUAGUGUGUUAUGCGGAAUACUAGGACAACAAAAAUGGCAGUUUGAUGUUUGGUCAAACGAUGUUAUUCUAGCUAAUCAUAUGGAAUCAGGAGGAAUGCCAGGCCUCGUUCAUAUAUCACAAGCUACAGUUGAAAAUCUAGGCCACCUUACCAAAUAUUUUACUAUUAUUGAUGCCCAUGGCCAAGAGCGUAAUGCUUACUUGAAAGAUCAUAAUGUUUCUACAUUUUUCAUUCAAAAAAAAGAAAAAUCUGUUUUGGUUAAGGCUAGAAAAAAUAAAUUAUCCGGAUUAGCAAAGGGUGCAGCAUUUAGUAAUGAUAAAGGAAGGAACCGAAGAAGGCAGGUCUCUCUGUCUAAAUUUGUUGAACAUUGGGGAGCUGAUAAACCUUUUGCAGAAUUAUCGUUCAAGAGAAUAGCCCAUAACCCUCUAUCGAGGGAUUCUGAAAUACCAGUUCAACUAGACAAUCUUAAAUUACCAAGAGUAAGUGUUACUCUGAGAACAUUUCAACGAGAAAUGGAGGAAGUGGACAAUAAGAUUAAGCUAUCAAUUUUAAAAUAUUUGGAUGACUCCGAAAUAAGUAAAGACGAUGAUGUUAAAUGGACAAAGUAUAUGAACUAUUGGACAUUACGAUUUCAUGAUACCAAACUUGAAAAAGAGUGUACUAUGAAAUCUACUGUCCUAAAUCCAAUUAAAAAAAUUUGCAAUCGAGUUAUGAGAAGUCAUCACGCACGUAACUUCCUAGCGACAAUUGUUAUGAUAACAGUUCUGAUAGCUUCAUUCAUGAGUAUUAUUCCUUGUGAUCAAGACUUCUAUUUACAAAAUCACCAAUUGAAUGAUAGCAGUAACAACAGUCAGGAAAUUAGUAAAAGCAUAAGUCAAGAAAUGUAUCAAAGUUCUCGCUGUUAUUAUGCACCGGCUUUUGCUUAUGCUAUGAUGCUGAGUUUAUUUACCAUUGGUGCAUUUCUAAAAACUUCCAGUCCGGUGCAUUAUACUUCUAGAAUAGAUUUCUUAUGGCAAGUUCAAUGUCAUCACAAACAAGAAGAAAUUGAAGCAGUAGAUUCAAUUAACUCAACUUUAUUGGAAAGUCUUUUACCUCUUCAUGCGGCACACCAUUUCACGACGAACAAUAACCCCGAUGAAUUGUUGGCCAAUUCUCAUGGAUUUGUUGGUGUCAUGUUUGCUUCGAUUCCUAAUUUUUUCCCUUCAUUUUACGUUGAAAAUGAUGCAAAUAAUCAAGGUGUUGAAUGUCUCCGAUUGCUAAAUGAAAUUUUUAUUGAUUUCGACGAACUUCUACUGAAACCAAAAUUUUCGCAAAUUGACAAGAUUAAAACUAUUAACAGCACUUAUAUGGCUGCGUCUGGCUUACAGCCUACUACGAAUGAAGAAAUAGUAAAUCCCAAGACGCAAGAAUCUUUUGUAAUUGUUUUGGUAGAAUAUGCCUUUGCGUUGAUGUCAAUCAUAAAUCGUAUCAAUACUCAUGCUUUCAACAAUUUCAAAAUGAGAAUUGGAAUAAAUCAUGGACCGGUUGUUUCUGGAGUAAUUGGAGCUAGAAAGCCACAGUACGACAUAUGGGGCGAUACUGUUAAUGUCGCUAGUCGUAUGGAUACAACUGGUUUAAUUGGUCAUAUUCAGGUUGGUGAAGAGACGGCAGCAAUAUUGCAGUCAUAUGGAUUUACUCUUAUAUGUCGUGGAAAAAUACCAGUGAAAGGUAAAGGGGAGUUAACAACGUACUUCGUGCAAGAACUACCGCCAUAUCCUGAUGGUACUCGUCGCUAUACAAAUUCUUCGGUUCUCGACAAUAAUAAAAGCUCAUAA